AGUGAUAUAACUUUUCAUGAGUGUUAAAUAGUAGACAUCGACAAAAUGUCUGGCCCUUCACAAACACUUUCUUCUACGAACUUGUGCAAUCCCCCAUCGGCAAGUAGGCAAGAUACUCAGGAGAGAUCUUUGAAAGUGCCUCCAAGUGGCGACUUUGAAGAGAGUGAGAUGUGGAAGAUAAUGAUGUUAAAAUUAAAUGAACAAGGGGAAAAACUGGAAAAAAAAUACGAUCAGAAAUUUCAAGAGCAGAGGGAUGAACAUACACAAGCUAUGGAGAAACAAAAAAGGGAUUUGGAAGAAAAAUACGAUCAGCGACUUCAAAAGCUGAGUGAUGACCACACAACAGCCAUGGAUAAACAAAGGAGCGAUUUGGAAAAGAAACUUCAAGAUCAAAAUAAUAUGCACGCAGAAGCAAUGCAGGAACAAAAGAAUGAAUUGGAACAGGAAAGCGAGGAUACCAUUAAAAAUCUGAAAGAGCAUUUCAAAACUGAAAUCGAAGAGUUGAAAUCGAGACCAUACCCUGAACAUCCUGACAUUUUAUUCAAACAAUUGGGAGGAGAAACAACUGUUUCCAGCUUCAUAGACAGCUUGACAGAAGGAGUGGAGAAAAGGCUUAAAGAUAAAGCGGAAGCUCUGGAGUGCUAUCAAAAAUGGGUGGCAAAAGCAAAGUCAAAAAGGUUUAAUAGGGUGACAACAAGAGUUGCUGAGGGUGGCGGUGUAGGGCUUGCGAUUGGUGGUGCUGCUACUGCUGCUGUGCAUUGUUCCUUAAUCUAUGGAAGUAGCGCAGCCUUGGCAAAAGCAGGGGUGGUUGGUUUAACUGUCGGCAUUGCUGCUGGUCCAGCUGCAGGUAUCGUUCUUGGAUGCGUUGGAGCAGGAUGCCUUAUCGUUCUUUCUGCGUAUGGCAUUUUUUUGUUGUAUCGUAAAUACAAGAAAGAUAAAGCUUUAAAACAACCAAAUCGUGAAUAUCUCCUUGAUCAAUUGGCACAAAGAUUUAUUAUCGAAGCAGAAAAUAAAAAAAAGGUUGAUUCAAUGGCUUCAGAAAUCAUUUCCAACUUGACCAUUGAUCUAUUGCAUGGAGACGCACCCGCCGAAACAUAGGCCCACAUGCCUAUAUACUUGAAAUCCAAGUACUAUUGUGGCCUUAAAAAAGUUGUUUUUGUUUUCUUCGGAAUUUAUCCAAUGUAUAUUCAUUCACGUAUGUUACCCGAGUAUUACUAAAACAUUAUCAAAAUUGAGAAUUUCGAUAAAAUUUUAUUCGUAUAAUUUACAGCAAAUUGAGAUGUUUAGAUUUAGACUGAUCUCCUUCAAUGACUUCGUUUCAGAUAAUUAGUCAUAUAUAGUUUUUGAAUUUUGUAGAUUUCUUUUUUUGUGUGUAAAUAUCGCCUUCCUCAUGCUUUUUGUAAAUAAUAUCAUUAAUUUGGUUUUCGUACUCUGGUUACUCGAAAAAGUUAGGAGAUUUUUAAUGUAAUAUUGAAGUUAAAGUAACAUAGAUUAGAAUUGAACAAUAAUGCCUUCAUAUCAUUAAUAAACAUAUAAAAAUGUAA